AUGGCACAGACUAUGAAAGAUGUAUGGAUGUCUCGUCAGAAUCACAGCUUUGGAACUAUGGAAGCACAAACAAUUCGCAAGCCCAUUCGUACUGCCUUUACAUCGGCAGGGUGGCGGAGCAGCUUGCCACGAGCAAUCAUGGGGAUUGCAUUCUUUGGUGCUCACUCCGUAUACUUCGAGAGACUCCAAGGCGUUUUGCUUUCCGAUGGCUUGACGGCCUCCCGGGAGUUUGGAGGUUUAAUUGAUAACUUGAUUUCGGAGUGGGAAAAGUCAAACCUCCUGAUACAAUAUUUCUACCAUCGGUUGCUGAUCUUUGACUCGGAGACUGUUUGCAUGAUAACAGCAUGCUUUCUAUCCAUCCCGAUUGUCAUGUUACAAUGGUUGGCAUUGUGUUUCUUGACUGCCCUCAUAGCCUUCUCUACCCAGGAGGUCAGCGAGCUAGGGAGUGAAUUUCUAUCUGCCAUCUUUGGUAUUCUUCUGGAAGUCGUGGAGGGAUAUGAAGUCGCGGGUGAACUAAUAGUUCGAAUGGUCACAAUUGUGAGCCGUGAUGAGAAUGUUCCGCUUUCCGUCACUCCCAUCGUACACGACCGGAGUACUUCUAUCAACUACAAGAAAAAAUGCUAG